AUGACCUACAUCCACAAACUCGCACCUCUGUCCGACGCAUGCGAUGAUGCCCGCCACUUCGCCCUCGAAGUCCCUCGUCUCGCUCUCCACCAACCCAUGAUAAUGAACGGCCUCCUCGCCCUCGCAAGCCGCUACGACUCCCGCUGCACCAACACCUCCUCCGACAUCGAAAGCACAUUCUACCACAACAAGUGCAUCAAACUCCUCAUCGAAGCUUUCGCUCAACCUCCCGAGACCUGGGACUCAACGCUCCUCACUGCCGUUGUUAUCGCGCGCUUGUAUGAGGAGAACGAUAAUGAGACGGAUUCUUACUAUCAUCAUCUCAGCGGAACGCAGAAUCUGUUGAAUCAUGAAGUCAUCGCCAGGUUUGUGAUGCAAGGUGGGUUGGCGGAGGCAGCGAGUUGGGUUCAUCUUCGGCAAGCUAUUUAUGUGUAUGUUGUUCGUAGGGAACCGCUUGAGAUUUGUCUUGAGAACUUUGAGAGAUCGACGGUGUUUCGAAGAUCUGAUGACUCGGCAUAUGCGAACAGGGCAGUUUAUAACUUUGCGAAACUGAUGAAGUUAUUUCUGCCGAUGGAAAGUCCGGAUGGUGAUCUUGGGAAGUGGGAGGCUGUCGAAAGGGAGAUACAGGAAUGGUAUGAUGCAAGACCGGUUUCAUUCAAGCCAAUAUUUCACAAAGCGGCGGAUAUCUCAAGUGACAGGCCGUUUCCAGUCAUUUGCUUUGCUGCGUCGGUGCCUGGUGAGUAA